CGUGUGGCUUUUGCGGUCUUUAUAUUUUUCUUGCUGAUUUAAUAUAAAUAAAACUUGUAUUUCAUAAUGGAAGAACAUGUAGCUUUAGAUUCCAAAAAACAAAAGAAGUUUGUGAAAUCCCUAAAAGGGAUUAAGAAGUUGAUGAAGGAAACUGGUGCUUUACCAGAGAAACCGCAAAAACAAAAGAAACAUGAAGAAACUGGGAAGAUUAAAAAGAAGAGGCGUCCAAGAAGGGGUUUAGUUUAUUUGUCACACAUACCUCAUGGAUUUUACGAGCAUCAAAUGACUGACUACUUUAAGCAGUUUGGAGUGGUGACUAAUGCUAGGGUUAUCAGAUCGAAACGCACUGGCCGCUCCAAGGGUCAUGCAUUUGUUGAGUUUAGAGACAUGACAGUAGCCCAGGUUGUAGCUGAAACUAUGAACAAUUAUUUAAUGGGGAAAAGGUUGAUUAAAGCGGUGUACAUUCCUCCUAAAGAUCAGAGAGUAAAUGCUAGAAGGAAGAAUUGGAACCUACAAAAUAACCCAGGUAGAAAAAUGAAGUUAAAAAUGAAGAAGGCAUACAAUUCUAAGAAGAGUGAAAAUGAGGACAUGAAAAUAGCGCGCAAACUUUUUACCAAUUUGACAAAUACAAAGAAUAAACUUAAAGAUUUGGGUAUAGAUUAUGACUUCUUCACACCUGUUGAUGUCCCGGAAGGAUUAAUGGAGCAGUUGGAAGUGAAAAAAGAACAUGAAGAUAAGAAAGGUAUUGUAGAUGAGAAACCUAAUAAGAAAAAGGAGAACAAAAAGAAAGGUUUGAAAAAUGAAACAGAUGAUAAAAACAAAAUUACAGACAUAGUUCACACAAAACAAGAAAAACCAACAACAAAAGAGAAGAAACAAAAGAAAGGAAACAAAGAUAUAGAAUCUAAUGAAAAGAAUGCUGUUGUAGCAGUUAACAACAAAAAUAAUAAACAAGUUAAUGGUACAGAAAAAAUAAAAGAAAGUGCAAAAGAUAAAAAGAAUAAGAAAGAUAAUAAAGAGACAACUGUACUUGAGAUAAAUAAGAAAGAAAAAUUGAAAGAAGCUGGAGUUAAACCGUUAGAAGAUUAUAUCUCAAUUGUUGAUGAAGAGGAUGAUGACAGCGACAGUUCCUACCAGUUUGACUCUGAUGAAUACGACAAUGAAUUAAAUGCAGAUGAUUCUGAUACUGAUGCUUCUAGUGAAGAUGAUGAAGACAACAAUGAUAAUGAUGAAAGCAAUGAAGAUGAUGACAAUGAAGAAUCUGAUGAAGACAUUGAUGAUAGUGAUAGUAAAGAAAUAACUCUGCAACGGAUUAACAAGGAAGCUAAAAAGAGUAAGGUUCCUACAGAAGCGAGUAAACCAAUAGUAAAACAAGUACCAUUUAUGCAGCUAAUGAAGAGAAAGGUGGCUGAAAGUAAGUUAUAGUGUUAAACUACAGUG